CUUGGGAAGGUGCGGGCGAGUUGCAGCACCCACCAGGGAUGAACGGGAGUAGGCAGCAAACAAUAAGCAACGGUUCGAGGUAGAGGUGACAGGAGAGCUCCAGGUCCUCCAGCUCAUUCAAAAGAGGCUUCUAAAGAUUUAGCUGUACUUGCCUGCUACAACGAUGGACAGCGAAGUGCAAAGGGAUGGCAGAAUCCUGGAUUUGAUCGAUGAUGCAUGGAGGGAAGAUAAAUUGCCAUAUGAGGAUGUGGCUAUCCCUCUGAAUGAGCUUCCUGAACCAGAGCAAGACAAUGGUGGCACAACUGAGUCUGUGAAAGAGCAAGAAAUGAAGUGGACAGAUUUGGCUCUCCAGUAUCUCCAUGAAAACAUUCCACCCACGGGCAACUAGUGAAUCAGUGAGAUCUCAUGCAGUGGAUGCACGAAUGCAGUAGAAAAAAAUUACUUUUCAGCUGGCCAUUGCUGUCACAAGCUUCUCUAAGGAGAAAAAAACAUUUCUGAAAAAGGCUCGGAUUCAAACAACAGUUCUACUUGCAGUGACCAAACACAGUUUAAAAUCCUUCUAUAAUGAGUGUGAAGUAACAAUGGCUAUCUGAUGCCGCAGAGUUAAUAUCAGAAUGCUUCUCUUCUGUAAAAUUAUUUCAUAUCUUCUCUGAAAUUGUUCUUAACUUGGUGCCAAUUCUGAUCUUAAAUGUUUUCUAUGUAAAAGGUAAAAGAAGUAGUUUUUACUGUC